AUGACGCCGCGCGUGAUUGCGUUGAAAACGAAGCACUGGCGGGCUCUGGCGCGUGACGGGAGCGGCCAGUACCCACGGCGAUCGUCGGCGAGAUGGGUGUCAUCUACGGCGUUCCCGCAGGCCAAUGGCGGUGUCUGGGCGGUGCGUGGUGACGUCGUGAAGCGAAUGGCGCAGAGAGAAAAGGCUGAGGUGACGCGAGUGAGCGAGGCGAGGCGUGCUCUGGGCGUGCCAGUGACGCUCGCCGUGCACGCUCUGUCGUGCGCAUGCACGUCUGGCACGUCUGGGCGUCGCGCGUUCCAGCGUGUCCGGUCCGCGUCAGCCCACUACCACGUCAGUUAUGACUCGCACUUGACCCAUCACAUCUGCUUCUUCCCCACGAUCCACCCCACCCCAAUCACGAUCCAGUUCUUCAUCUAUUCAAGCAUUCGGCUGGCCGCCGGCGGACACAUAAGGUGCACGGGAGGACUUUGGCGGGAUUACUGGUUUUCUCUUGCGGAAGGACGGACUGCAGCAGCGAUUGAAUGGGGCUGUGACCCGGCCACGACCCAGGUCGACGCGCCGUCGUUCCCGACCCUCGAUCUGGAUCGAUCGGCCCUGGGUCGUCGUCUCGUCGAACGCGCCAUCCAUCCCGUUUCCGGCUACGACGGCCCUGCAUCCCAACGCCGCCCGCCCGACCGUCUCCGUGAAGCUGUUGUGCCGCCGUGGUCGCUAGCCAGACACCCGCCUCCCGAUUGUUUACUAAUUAUCAGUAUUUCAUGGAUAUAUAAGGGCACAUGGCCUAGAGGAACUCAAGUGAACAACAAAGCUAGCAGGGUAUUAGCGAUGACGCUCUGAAGUUGUGAGACUUGCACAAUUGUGUUCCAAUGAAGGAUGUUGCUGCAAUAUUACGAACGGGCCAAGUUAUCACAUAAUAUCAUAUAUGAUCUGUUUUAGAUAUCGCUUACAUUAGAUAUGCUUUAUUUGGUAAAAGUGGUUCCAAUAAAAUUAGCGGGUGUUCUUAAAGAUCAGCAUUGAUCAUUAGAACUUGUCAA